CACCAAAGGUGCUACAGAUCUACAAGGGCUUUGUCACCAAACCUGCUGCAGCAACAGCAUGGUCUAAAGGAGCUUUUGCUCCCCAACCUGAGAAGCGGAGCCGGGGCGGUUUGUUCAUCUCCAGUGCUGACUCAGCUGCUGCUCAGCAACAGGAGAUCAAGGAUGACUCCCUGGAGCUACUGAGGAAAAUAGUGAACAUGGAAAAUCCCAUGAUGAAAUACACGGAACUGGAAUAUAUUGGCAGAGGGACUUUUGGAGAUGUUUGCAGAGCACUUGACAAUGCCACAGGAGGACAGGUGGCCAUAAAGAAAAUAAAUCUCCAAGGACCGAGGAAGAAGGAACUAAAAGUCAAUGAACUUAUGCUCAUGAAGACAAAUAAGAAUCCCAACCUGGUCAACUAUUUAGACAGCUACCUUGUGGAUGGGCAGCUCUGGCUGGUCAUGGAGUACAUGGACGGAGGCACUCUGAGCGAUGUCAUCAGCGAGACCUACCUGUCUGAAGACGAGAUGGCAGCCAUCAGUAGGGAGUGCCUGCAAGGCCUGGAUUUUCUUCACUCGAACCACGUGAUCCACCGAGAUGUGAAGAGCAGCAACAUCCUUCUCAGAACCGACGGCUCUGUCAAGCUGGUUGACUCUGGCCCCUUUGCUCAGCUCACCCCUGAGCAGAGUCGACAGAGCUCAGUGGCCGGCACUUCUGGGUGGAUGGCGCCUGAAGUGGCGACAGGUCAACCAUAUGGCCCCAAAGUGGACAUAUGGUUUUUUGGAAUCGUGGGCAUCGAAAUGGUGGAACGAGAAGUCCCUUACCGGAAUAAAACUGUUUCGGUCCCCUUCUGAAAAUGUCCCUGCAGCACAUCAGCAUCUGCUGUCGAUUUGGUUGCAUCAGAAGGGAAGAGGAAGG